UCGCCCCUCUAUACUCUUCUGCAGAUCUCUGUUGCUCGAUCCAAAAGAUCGGAUUUCACCGCUACAGCGCCUCCAUCUUCCCCGUUCGUCGGCUCUAUUCGCUGUUUUGCCGACCGGCGUUUCGCAGAUCGGAUAGCACAGCAUCAAGUUUUUGUUUCCUAUCAAGGCUCUAGGUUUUGUUUCUUCUCUGCCAAAAAAAAAGACACAGAUCCGAGCAUUAAUUAUCAUGUCAGUCGCCAAAGAUCCCUUUGAUGCGCUCCCAGGGGGGCUGCGAUUGUUCUUACGCAAUCUUCAUUCCCUGGUUCCGGUAAAACUAGAGGACAAUAAUUAUCCCUCUUGGUCCUCUACAGUUAAGGCUACGUUGAUUGCACAUCGUCUACUCGGUUACAUUGACGGCACAGAGCAUGUACCACUGCCAACCAUUGUUGAUGAGAAAGCUUCAUCUGCUACCGACAAAGAACCUGUUAUGAAGGUCAGUCCUGCCUAUGAUCAAUGGACUAUUAUUGAUGCCCAAUUGCGGGCUUCUCUUCUUGCUCUUCUCUCUCCAUCGAUUCAGAAUCUGGUCCACCAGUGUCCAACGGCUGCUGACCUUUGGGAUAAACUUCACCAGAGGUAUAAUUCCCUAUCCCGCACGCAUAUUUUUCAACUUAAGGAUCAGCUUCACAAUCUGCGAAAAGGACAAUCCACAAUGCAAAUAUACUUGGAUGAUGUUCUUAAAAUUGUUACUGCCCUGGCUUUGGCACGAGAACCUAUCCCCGAGCAGGAUAUUAUUCUCAAUGUCUUACGCGGUCUUCCUCAAGAAUAUGGCCCUAUUAAACAGAAUAUUCGUUCUAAUCUUGUGGCUCUCACUUUCAACGAAGUCUCUGCCUUGUUACUCUCCGAGGAAUUGAAUCUCCAACUUGCAGCUUGGUGCACCUUCUACGUCCACGACUGAUAUUCACACAGCCCUUUACGCCUCGAAUGGGCGAGGCGACCGUGGGCGUGGUCGUGGCAGAGGCAGGUUUACCGGGGGACGAGGGGCUGGUCGCUUCGGACAGGGCGGACGGCUGCCACAAGACCGCUCCAAUGGUCGUGGUCGUGGACUGCAACGUGACUCCUCUCUUGUAUGUCAAAUUUGUGGAAAAGCAAAUCAUGGCGCAUGGCAAUGUUGGAAUCGCUUCAAUGAGGAGUAUUCUGGUCCACCACGACAGCAUCAUAACACUCAGGCUUUGUAUACUAAUUACUCCACUGAUUCUAAUCAGAACUGGCACCUUGACUCUGGCGCUAGUACUCAUGUGACAUCUGAUUUAUCAAGGUUGAAUAAUCCAACUCCAUAUCAUGGUCCCAAUUCAGUUACUACGGCUGGAGGUCAGUCUUUACCAAUCUCUCAUGUUGGCUCAGGUCAGGUCUAUACACCUACAGGAAUUUAUGAUCCUGGACAACCACACCAAUACAGUGACAUACAGAGGCCCAUGUGAGCGUGGACUAUACACCCUUCCAGCCAAACUUGUCUCGAGUAUCGCUCCACUGGUGGCUAAUUCCAUAAAGACAACCUCUCACCAGUGGCACUGUCGUCUUGGUCAUCCAUCUUUUCAAGUCACAAGAUUACUUUUUUCUCAACUAGGUCUUUCUUUUUCAUCAAAUGUUGUUCAUUGUGAUUCUUGUUCUAUGUCCAAGUCUCAUAAGUUACCUUUUG